UGCUGUCACCCUCAGCUACUAAAAUUCAUCUAUCCAAGUAUAAUUUUUUAUUUUAAGAUGGAAGAUAAUAUUGCUUCAUCCUCUGUUGGAGAUCUGGAGAAGAAGUUGCAUUCGGCCAGACAGUCAUUAAUCUCGCUGAAUGACAACAUUCGCCGCCUUGUUGGAAGGGGUCUGAAGGAACCUAGAGUAGAGAAAUAUAAUCCAGAUAUCUUAAGUAAGAAAAACGAACAAAAUGAAGAUAAGACCAGCCAGCGUCACGACCCACUAAAACAAAAGCGGCGUACGCACGAUGGAAAAUUGGUAUUCAAUCGGGUUUCGGACAAGGACGAAAUGUGGCUACCAACCCCUCGGCUGAAUUCACGUGUAAUUAGAGAAUUGCCUUCGAGGGAGGAAAUUGUUGAGGCUCAAGGAAUCGAUUCCGAGUCGAGAGCACGCAACCGUCGCAUGUUUGGCUCACUUUUAGGAACACUACAAAAAUUCUGCCAAGAGGAGUCACGAUUAAAGAAAACCGAGGAGAAAAAGGCCCUCAUUGAAAAAAAACUUGAAAAUCAAGAGCAACAAGAAAGAGCUCUGCUUCAAAAAGAACGUGAUUUGUUAUUUUUAGAUAGAAAGCGAAAACAGCUCGAAAUCAGAUGUUUAGAGAAGAAAAUGGCACGCCUCAGAGACUUCAAAGCUUGGGAAUCAUCAAUGAUUUAUCAACAAAAUCAAAUUCGUACAAAGAGCAAACCUCACAUAUAUUUUCAACCUCGAAUUCAUACGGUACAAACAGAGAAGCUGCUCGCUAAAAGUAAAUGCGAGUUGGAAAACCUAUUGGAACGCCGCAGAGAAGAUUUACAAAUCGAACUCCGGAGGAUUGAAAGCUCAAGUAACAUAGAUGACGACAGUGCUUUAGAUGACAACAGCAUCUAUGAAAAUAAAUCAAAUAAAGAACCUAUGGAGAGCAACAUUCCAGACCCACGUGACAACAAUUCAAAGGAAGAGUUUCGAAAUGUACCAAAUGAGGAUAAUCCGUUAACUAGUAGUAGUUUUGUAAUUCAAGAAGCAUGAAAAUGAAUAAUUAUACAAAUUUCAAUGUUAUUUUUAAUUAAUUUGUUUAUUUCAUCCUUCAAUCGUCACUAAAAUUAUGUUUAUAACUUGAAUAUUGGAAAUGAACGUAACUGCCUAGCGUUGUCCUGCGUCCAAAAAGCUUUGAACUAAUUUUCCACUUUUGUAAGAUAUAUUGAUCAAACAAUUAGUAUUUAUCAAUUAAAAUAUACUAUUCAAGUUGAGUGCAUUUGG